AAUAAACCAAAUAGAAAAAUUGUUGAUUUUUUUCCCUCUGUCAUGUGUUUUGUGCAUAUUUCUAAACUUCCAACUUAAACUUCUUUAAUCGGCAUUUUCUUUUUCGCAUUUUUUUCAAACCAAAAUUUAUCAAUCUAGUUGCAAACAAACAAAUAAAAUCUGAUUAUCAAUUUUGAAUUUAAUUGUUUAAAAAGCUAUGACAACUAAUUUGUCUAGAAAAACCUUGAUGACAUCAUCAUUAUCGUGUUCAUCCUCAUCUUCAUCUUCGUCGUCGUCGUCGUCACCAUCAUCACCAUCUUCACCAAUAUCAUCUACUUGUUCAUCACCAUUACAAAAACUUCCAACUAUCAAAAUAUCAUUGAAAGAAUUGUCAAAUGUUUGUUCGAAUAAGAAUAAUCGUCAAUUGGUCAAAGAAAUAUCAUAUAAUUCGACAGAUAAUAAUCAAAGAUAUUCGUAUGAUUUAAAAAGUGAUGAUUACAUAUCUGGCCAUAUCAAUAUGGCCGGUUCAUCAACUCAUCGAAAUAAUCAUUCGACAAUAAACAAAAGUCAACGAUUGACAAAUACAAAUCAUUUAUUUCAUAGCCACCAUUCAAAUCAAGUAAAAGAUAGAGAAAUGAUCAACCAUAACCAAAAUAAUAACAUUGAAAUGAUGAAUGCCAUUGAAGAGUUAAGACGUGAAAAUGAUCGUAUUACAAAUGAAUUAGGUGCUACACAAGAUUUGCUAGAUCUUUUCGAACAAUAUCGUGAUCUUGUACAAGAACAUAUGAGUAUCUGUGUUUGUAAUGGCAAAGAUCAACUUUGGUCUCGUUGGAAUCAAUUUGAACAAGAUUAUAAACGUUUAUUACCGAUUAAACAAAAUCAAACACAAAUAGUGAAUAAUAUUAUUCGUAAUGGUGAUGAUCAAUAUGAUGAUAGCGAUAAUCAAAAUGUUCAACAUAAAAAAUUAAUAUCACUUAAAUGUCAUUCAAAUUCGAUGAAUGGUAAUGUUAGAUUUGCUGGCAAAUAUACAUCCACAUCAUCAUCAUCAUCGUUGAAAAAUAAAUUUUCCAAUGAUUUAGAUAUUAGAUUGGUCAACUGUGACAGUGUAAAUGGUCGUCCAGAUAAAAGUUUGGUUCGAUCAUUUUUGGAUAAAAUCCAGCCAAUCAAUUGGAAUAAUUGUAGUUCAAACAAAAAUAUAGUCAAUACUUCAUCAACAAAAAAUCCAGUAACCAUCAUUCCAUAUAGUACAAAAGAUGCUUUAAUUCGUAAACGAUCAUCGGCUAUGUUUAACAAUGAAUCUGUUGCUUAUACAAAACAUCAUCAAAUGAUAAAAAAAUUAAAAAAUACAACAAAUUUUCAGCAACAGCAAACAUUGAUAAACAAUAAUCUGGAAACAAAUCGUCUGGCCGAUCAAGAUGUUGAACGUUUAGAUAAAUUAAAUAAUGCAUUGGAUCAGAUUCUUAUGGGAAAAUUCGAUGCUUUGACACAGUUGGAAACCUAUGUUGUUGACAAAAAUAACAAUAACAAUAAUAGUCGUAUUACAAACAAUGACGAAGAGGAUGAUGAUGGUGAUGAUUCUUCAUCAUAUAAUAAUGAAAUCAACGAUUUGGAUGAUGACGAUGAUGAUUUCAAAGCAAAUGAUGUUCAUUCAAUGAAUAAAACAUCCAUUAUUCUAAAUGGUCAAUCACAUAAAAACAAUUGUGAUAGAGAAUCAGAUCAAAUAUCAGGAGAUUCUGAAGAAGAUUCCAAUGAUGAUGACGAUGUUAUUCUAUUGGAAGAUGACAAUAAUGAAACAAAAAAUAAAUCCAAAACAUUGCCUUUAUCAUCAACAAUAUUAUCAACGGUACUAAAAUCUGGCCUGAAACCAUAUAGCAAUUAUCAAUCUUCGAAUAAUUCGAACAUUUCCAAUGUUCAGCCUGCAAAAACCGACGAUAAAGUUCUGACUAUGUCAAAGAUGAACAGUGCUACCAUACAGAUUUAUCCACCGAAUUUUACGGUUCAAGCAAAAAAUACGAUGAAUGUUCAACAUUCAACAUCACCAUCGGUUGCAUCAUUACCUAAAAGACCUCAUCUAACUAGUGACGAACGAUUGGACAUAAUUAAUCGUUUGAAACGUAAUGAAUCGGGUGCACGAAUUGCACGUGAUUAUGGAAUCACUAAACAGGCUGUUUCGGCCAUCAAACGUCGAGCACAAUUGAUGGGCGAUAAUUUUCAAAACAAGUAUAUUCCAGGUAGCGGUGGUGGUAGUAGUAAUAGUCGAUCAAGCUCAAGAAAUCAAUCACCAACACCGUUGAUUAAUUCUUAUUCCAACAAAAUGUUAAAUUAUUCCGCACAACAAUCGAUAACCAAAGGAAAAUUCGCUGUAACUAUGACUCCCGUAUUGGCAGCCUUUGAUAAUUCUCUUGUCUCAAGGCAAUUAAAACAACAAAAAGUCAAUGCUACAAUAAUGAAACAAAGCACACUUUUAGCUCAGCUUCCACGAUCAACAUCUGAUUUGGUAUUACCUAUUAAUCCUGUUGCCAUCCUUAAAAGCCAAAUGGCUGCCAAACAGCAGCAGCAGCAACAACAACAAAUAUCAUCUCCUAAAUCCGAUAAUAACAAACGAUUAAUUUUAUCAAGGUUAUUACAAGGAACAGAAAAGUAUACACCAAAUUAUGUUACAUCUUGUAAACAACCGGAGAAUAUUACAAAUGUUAAAUUUAAAGAUGAACAAUCAUCAAAAAUUCUUAAGAAUGAAGAAUGUUCAAAUAUAACAACUUUAAAAACUGAAGACAUUUCCGAUGAUCAACAACAACAGAAACAAGAAACAAUCAAUUAUGAAGAUCAAUUAUCAAAAAAUCUAUCAUCUAUCGAUGAUACAGAUAAACAAGAUCAUAAUGAUGAUGAACCAGAAAUAGAUUGCAGGAGUUUAGUCGAUAAUAAUAAUAAUGAAGUUAUCAGUAUUGAUGAUGAUGACGAUGAUGAUGAUGAUGAUGAUGAUGAGGAUGAAGAUAUGCAAGAUGUAAAUGAUAAUAAUGUUAAUAAUGAAGAACUAGUCAACAAUACUAAUGAUGAAGAAUCAAUGGAUGAGGAAUCUAUUCAAAAUCAUCAUCUUGAUAAUCAAUCAAACGAAAAAGAUCAACAAGAAACCGAUGAAUGUUCGACACAAAUGUUGGAACUUUCUUGAUUUUUUUUCCGAACGAAAAUUGUCCUCAUAGAUUUGUCAUUGCAAUUAACCAUUUUAUUUUUUUUUCAUUUUUUAUCAUUUAAUUUAAUUGUAAAAAUAUGAAUCUCAUUUUUCA